AUGGAGCGUCCAGUCACGCCUCCAGCGGCUGCGAGCAAACCGCAGGCUGCCUCGUCGCAAACUCCAGAAAUGACAAGGCGCAUAGAAGAGAGUCGUCUCCGAGCCAAAGCCAUCCGUGAACAUCGAGAGGCCGAAGAACGUGCCUCGGGAACUGCGGACAUACUUCCCAAGUCGGCCGCCGGAUUCAUACCCACCGAAAAUGUGCACGUAUCGAAGCCUGCGAAUGGAAAACGGCCCUUCAAUGAAAUUUCGACGGGAGAUAUUGCGGGAGGGAACAAUCGUGAUGGGCGCAACGUGGGCGACGAGGCGGCCCUGCGACCGGCACGCAAAUUUACCAAAUUUGUCGACUACAACAUGAGCUCGAUGACGGAUACAAAAGGUGGCUUUCUUUCUAUGGAGGACGAUCCUCACAACUAUGCGCUAGGUGCUCAGAAGCCCGGCCAGGCAGACGAACAGAGACCAAAGGGCAUGACGAUUCAAGAAUGGGAGAAGCAAAAGACGAUCCAAAACUUGAAGAGACUAAAAGCAGGUCCUUUUGAGCCUGGCAUCAGCGUUUUAGACGACCAAAAGACGAGGAAGAAAUGCAGAGAGUGUGGCAGUCUGGAGAUUGACUUUGUGUGGGAAGAAGUCUUUCACGUCUGUGUGUGCAACAAAUGCAAAGAUAAAUAUCCCGAAAAAUAUUCUCUGUUAACCAAGACAGAGUGCAAAGAAGACUAUCUUUUGACAGAUCCCGAGCUGCGGGAUCCCGAGCUGCUUCCUCAUCUAAACAAGCCAAACCCACACAAAUCUCACUGGCACGACAUGAUGCUCUUCUUGCGGUUCCAGGUAGAAGAAUACGCCAUCGGUACGAAAUGGGGUUCGGCAGAGGCGUUGGAUGCAGAAUAUGAACGGCGCGAGUCACAGAAGAAGGCCCGCAAAGAAGCCAAAUUCAAAGAGAAACUGCUGGACCUAAAGCGCAAGACGAGGACAGAGGCAUUCCGACGACAGGCAGGGACGCUAGGCAACAAGAAUGGGGCGCCAAGCAAGUUUGGCGAUGCUGUGGGCGGAGGGGGUCGACACGUGCAUGAAUGGGGGCGAACGAUCGAGAACGAGGAGGGCAUGACUGUCAAGACGUGUGUGACAUGCGGAAUGGAAGUGGAAGAGUUGGAAUUCUGA